GGGCCACCGGGCCAUGCAAAACGAAGUCGACCACUGUUGUGAAAUGCAAACCGUUGUACAUUGAAAAAAUAUAUAUCUUCCACUCUAAUGUAUUUUGUCUUGUUGUUAUAGACUACACGCCUAGACUAUUAGAAAGAUUGGACGUCGGUUAAAAACAGGUAUUUAGGUAUGUUUCAAGUAAGGACACAUUUAUUCACUUGACAGCUAGUUAUGAGGACAAAGGUUAGUUGUGCGCAACCUUCUGAAGCCCCGCCUUCGAGUUGGGAUUUUCGCUUACGUUCACCACCCACCAAAGCAAAAGAGUUGGUGUUCAAAAACAAGUCUGUAUCAAAACAAUUGCAGACCGGUUAUAGUUUCAAGCCAACCGUCGGCCACCACUUGUUAAAUAUACAUUUGUGAGACUGCAAUAAGAGGGCCAAGGGAGGCAAAACAUAUACACAAUGAUUGGAAAGAUACUUGCCCAUUUCCUUGGUAGCACAGAUGACGAUUUUCCCACAGAUGACAAUGAAACCUAUGAGGAGCUCAUUGAGUUUGAGGCGGGAGGAUGGGUGGUUAUCAACAUUCAAGAGAACAACUCCCUGACCCCCCCUGAGGAAGACCCUUUGGAGAACCUGCUGAUUGAGCAUCCCAGUAUGUAUGUAGACCAGAUCAGACACCAGCUCAGCGAUGAAGAGGAUACUUCUCCCAGGCCUGUGCCAGUCAAACAGCAUGUGUCCUGGAGGCUAGCUGCCUGGGGCAGCCCGCUUCCAUGCAAUGUCCAACUGCUUGCCAUACAGCGAGCCAGGACUCACUUGGAGUGCAAGAAGCUGACCAGGAGUGCUCUCCAGAGACAGAGCCGUGCCAAGGUGCGCUUCUCCCCCUCUGACAGACGCUUUGGUCACUUCAAACAACCCUGCCAGCGUCUGUACAACUACUGAGUGUCUACUGAGUAGCUACGCCACUGUCUGAACCCACUUAACACACAGACCUUAGACCUAUGACCUACCUUAGACCUAUCUCUUUACCCUGAUCAAGGGAACCACAUUCGCUGAGUAUGUUAUUAACAUACUGAGCCCAGUUUGAGAGUGAAAUAGCCUUGAGUAGAUGUGUGUGUGCAUGUGAAAAGUAUUAUAACUGGCUUGUUACGGUUAAGUCUUAUGGCUCUGAUGAAAACUUUUAUGUAUUGUAUAAAAUGCAAAAGGUUUUAGCACUUUGCAAAUAUUCAUUCUAUUGUAUAUAGAAUACUUUUUUUGUAUUACUUUGCGUGCCUUAGAUUUAGAUACGUUGUGAGUAUAUUGCUUUAAGGAAAGUUGUUUCAUAGCUAUGAAAAUCUAUUUUGUAUAUAUGUGAAGAUGACACAAAACAUCACUCUUGAGUAAUUGGACCUCUUUCGCUAUAUUUUUUAAUAACAAAUACAAUGUAUGUAAGGAUUACCAAAUAAUGAUGAAACACUGUUACUAAUGUAUGUUUUGUACUUAGUGAUUCACUUUGUUUUCAUACAUUUAUUCCCAGUGUGUUCUUAUGUUUGCUGUACUACUACAAGCCCGGUUUGUAAAUAUAUUCAGAUUUAUUUGGUAUUUUGGUGUAUAUUUAAAUGUUAAAAGAUGUUAAAUAAAUCUGUUUUGUUUAGGUA